ACGCCCAGGAUACAAACCUCUCUAUUGCUCUUCUCUCUCCCUCCCUCCCUCCUGUUCCAGGACGUCUGAAGAGAUGCAGUUCCACCAAAAGAGAAACUGCAACUGUGGGGGGGAGCCAUAGUGACUGACCCCCCAUUUUGCUGUGCAUCCUUCUUAGUAACAUCCUGAAGUUUUGUUUUUCAAAUCAACUCUUUUGUUUAAAUUGACACUUUUUAAAAAGAGGGGCCCAAAGUGUGUCCCCUCUCCUGCCUUACAAGCCAUGCCUCCACAGGAGCUACUGGAUUACUCACCCACUCUAAGAAGAUGCAGCACCCCCAGAGGCAGCGGCUCAGAGCUGGGCAUCAAAUGUGUCCUUAUAGGGGAUGGGGCUGUGGGCAAAACCAGCCUGAUUGUUAGCUACACAACAAAUGGAUAUCCAGACCAGUACCAACCAACUGCGCUCGACACGUUUUCAGUUCAGGUCCUGGUGGAUGGUGCACCAGUUCGUAUCCAGCUAUGGGACACUGCAGGACAGGAAGAUUUUGACUGCCUGCGCUCUCUCUGUUACCCUGACACCGAUGUCUUCUUGGUCUGCUUCAGUGUUGUGAACCCCACGUCCUUCCAAAACAUUACAGAGAAAUGGAUCCCUGAGAUAAGAACUCACAAUCCUCAGACACCAGUGGUGCUAGUGGGAACACAGGCUGACCUGCGGGAUGAUGUCAAUGUGCUGAUCAGCCUGGACCGCUACCGGGUAAAGCCAGUGCCUAGAACUCAAGCCGAAGGAUUAGCUGAGAAAAUCCGGGCUCAGACAUACGUGGAGUGUUCUGCUCUGACUCAAAAGAACCUGAAGGAAGUUUUUGACACAGCCAUUGUAAGUGCAGUGGAGCACAAAGCCCAGCAAGAGAAGAAAAUGACAGCCAAGGGAAUAAAAACUCUUUCUAAAUGUCGAUGGAAGAAAUUCUUCUGCUUUGUCUGAAGCUGGUUUGGCAAGACAAAGGCUUAAAAGCCAGCGCUGGACUUCAUAACCUUCUCUUCCAGAGAGUGAAGUGACUAAUUAAUGGCUCUGGAGGAGGAGCGUGAUAAGCCAAGAUGACCCAGUACCCCAGUUCUUGGUGGGUUAUAGUAGAACUUGCCUGUGGAGCAGGAAAUGAACUUGUGUUGCACUAGGAUACCCUACAACUGGAAUGCCGCAUUUGUUGUUCACAAACAGCCCAUAUUAUAUUUUUAGAAACACUAGAGAGCAUAGACAGGUUCCAGAACCUCCUAAAGAAUAUAAUAACUAAUCUCUGAUUUAAAACUUGAGUUAUAAUUUUAAGAAUUUUGUUCUUGAGGCACCAUUAAGGACAGAGGGGUUUUACCCCUCUACACUAAAAAAUAAUAUGGCCCGCUCAACUAAAAUGAAGUGAGCCUUCAAAGCAUUGUGUUGGUUGUUUUGCACGAAGGUGUAUCAGUUGUGUGGCACACCCUUAAGAGGAUCCUUGAUUCUGAAGCAUCAUUUGGCCCAUAUGGGAUGACUUUUUGGAGUGGUCCCAUGAGACUAGGUAUGUGGAAAAUGUCUCAUGUUCCUAGAAAUUCUGUGAGCAGGUUCCAACAGAAAUGUAGGCUGUCACUACAAGGAUCAUAUCUAGAAAAGUUCAAUCUAUUUUGAUGAAACUUUUUCAUGUGACUGCACUUACUAAAUCAUUUCAGAGGUCAUUUCAAGAGAAAGGAAUUUUGAAUGUCUGAAAUCAUGGAUUAAUUCUUUUUUCCCCUUAAGUGUAAAAGUAACUUCACCUUUACACUUUAGGCUUAUUUUUGGCUACGUAUUUCUCUGUUCCCCACAUACUAGUAUGUGUGUGUAUGAGAAGGCAUUAAUAAUACCUAUUUUUAAUGAUGUCAGUAAUACCUUGCUUGCUACUGCUACGUAUAAGGGAAGGAGAGUACCCUGCCAGAAACUUACAUUUGGAUUCCUCCUAUCUUAAUAUCUCCAUCCUGACCUGGAGCACUUCUGUUCCCUUACUGGUUUGUCCAUCUAGUCCUACCAGCUUGGGUACUAGAAUUGGUAUUAUGCAACAACAAAAACUAGAUGAGGCUAAAAUGUCAUUCCUAAGAUGGAAAUACAACCAAACCUCCAAAAACAGGCCAGAAAGGUCAAAUCUGUGCUAGCCAAAUACCAAAACACACACUGUAAGUGAACACAUGAAGUGCUACCUGCCCAAAUUCAUACCAAGAUCCUGUAUCUCUGCUCCCAGAUUCAGUACAUUUGAAUAUCAGGCACAGAUAAUUUAAUUUGAGAGUACGAAACAAAACCAGAGGGAGCCAAGUGAAAUACUAGGUUAUUUCAGAUGGUGCAUUUGGGGGGAUCCAGUUAUGUGAUAUACUCCUGAUAUAUGCAGUCAUCUUGUUUUCAAACUUUGCAUGUACAACCAGCAUACUACAUUUUGCAGAGUAUGGGUUCACAUGUACUGAAGCUGGAAAAUAUUUCCUAUUCAGAAUAUAUGUAAACUCUGUGUAUGUAGAGUGUUAUGAAUAGUGUGCACUCCUAGUACGCAUAGUUUCCUGCCCGCAAACUAACAUUUGAAAAGGCCUACUCCUGAAAAUGUGACUAUUGCUUGAUUACCAUGAAACCCAGGUAGUGACCCUGAAUCAAGCCACUGCUCUCAGCCUAACCUACCUCAAAGGGCUGUGGCAAGGAAUCAAAGAUGGAGAGAAUAUAUUAUAAUCAACCCUGCUAUCUUUAGACAUGAUAGAACAAAAUAAAAUAUGACCUCAGGAAAUUACAGAAUACAAUAGCAAUAACUAGCAUUAUUUUGAAGAUCUUUCUAAAAGAUGUAAAAGCUAUCAAAGUUAGCAACUGACAGUUUCAUGUGCCAUGCCUUACACAACAGCCUAGACAGGGUUGCCACAGAACAAGGGAGAAUAUCUUCUAAAAUGAAAAAGACAGGCUGCCAUAUUUUGUGGGGGGAAAUUAUGCUAUGGUGAUAUAGUUAACUCAGUUCUGGUGUUUUAAAUGUGAACAGUUCCCUUUUAUGAGGAUCCUAGUGUGUUUGAAAAAAAUCUAAAACAAUUUCACCUUUGUUUGAUUAAUAUAUUUUAAGGAUGAAGAGAUAAAGUAGGAAGUUAAGGGGGGGAUGGAAAAGUGGGGAAAGCAUGUAAUGAUUAAAAAGAGGCGAGAGUGAAAUGGGAAAGCAUGUGAUAGAGAAGAGAGAGCUGAAAAGGAAGGCAUGUAGAGAAAGAGAGGGAAAGAGAAUUUAACAGGGUUUAGAUAAUGUUGGCUGGGAGUUCUGAGCACAAGGAUGCCCUUAAUGACCUCAUCUCUUCAUUGUUAGUCAUACCUCAAAUUCAAAUGAAGGAAGAAGCCCUGGCAGCAGGGAAAUACAAUUGUUAUGGAAAUAAGAUUUGUUUUAUGUGCUGUGGGGAAAGGGAGAGAUCACAUUUCUCCCUUGGUCAUGAAAACCCAUCCCUUGACACAUACAGGUGUACAAUAAGAACCAGUUUAGGAUUCUACACCUUUCUGUUGUGCCCAUGGAGUUUUACCCUAACCAUCAGGUGGCCCCUCAGCACUGGAGGUGUCCAGACAUGGAUAACUUUAGAGAAGUGCAUCAUUUUGUAAGGCUGAAGUCCUGAGACCAGAGCAGCCACAAGGGAUUUUGUUUUGUCCCACUUUGUACAAACUAUAGGGAAGAAACAAUACUGUGUAGGUAAAUAAGCUAUUUGUUAAUGUAAAAAUAAUGUAUAUGGGAAUAUCUUGGAAUUAAGGUUGCCGACUCCCAGCUGUGGACUUCCUGAAGAUCUAGGGGUUGAGCCUUGGGUGGGCAAGGUUGGGAAAGGAGGGGGGACCUCAGUGGGGUAUAAUGCCAUACAGUCCACUUUCCAAAGCCAUUUUCUCCAGGGGAACUGAUCUCUGUCAUCUCAUAAUCAGAAAUUCUAGGAGAUCUGCAGGUCCUUCCUGGAAGUUGGCAACCCUACUUGGAAUCCACUUGGUUCCUUCAGAAGGUGUACACAUAGCUUGAAUGGCAUUCCUUAUUUGGCUCCACAGACAUGGUUCUGUGCUGGAAAGCAUGCCCAGGAUGCUGUGUAUGUAGUUCUUGGACCCUCUUCAGAUGUAAUGAAUUGUACACAAAUAGUACUUGCAUGCAAGAAAAAGCAUCCAAACCAGGCAUAGAUCACCAGAUACAUGUAUCCGUUUGCCUCACAGACAUGUGCUGGGGAAGGUGUGCCAUGACCUCCCAGUACCCGCACACCUUAUUUGGCUAUCGUUUCAUCCCUUUUAAUACAGCAAAUGCUGUCCAUGUUGGAAAUUUGCCACGUUGAAGUAUCCUUGACCAUUGCUAUUUCCCUAGGUGUACACUGCUGUAUAUUUAGAAUACUUUACAUGUUGGGUCUUUAUGCAUUUCUACUGUAUUCAGAGAAUGAGUCUUGAAAUAAGGCUGAUACAUUAGCUCAGCUUUGUCCUAGUGCUCAAAUCGCAAAGGCAGGAGUACCCUUGGAACAUCAUGCUUCCCUUUUCCAUAGUACUGAGGGAGUUUGGGGUAUUGUCAAUCCAUGUUGUAGCAUUGCACAGAUCCCAAGAUGUUCCUUCCUGGGAAAGAAGCACUACUCAGCCAUCGUCCCAGAGACUGUAAUUGAACUCUUUGUACAAUAAAGAUGUUUUAUUUGAGCCUGAA